AUGGGUAGCUUGACAGGAGAAGAUUUAUACACUUGGUGUAUACAGAGAGGAACAAGUUUAAAGAAAUGUAUGGGAGUAGGGGGAAAUUUCUCUGACAUCCAUGACGAUGUGGUUUUAGAGACUUUAGAUAAAUUAUAUGGAGUAAGUAAACCUCGGAUCAUAGACAAAUGGAGGGAGGAAUCCGGGAGGGUAGUAGCUAUGUUAAUAGAAAUGGAAAAAGAGUUAGAUGCUAGACUAAUACCUACGAUGAUUGUAGCUGGAGGAGAGAUUGGAAGAUUAUGGCAUAUUAUAUGGCCUAAAAGUAGUGAUGAAGAAACCAUUAGUGCUCCCAUUUUAGCUUCUGCUGAAAACCCUGAAAGGGCUGGUGUGAAUAGCAAUACCCAGGGAAAUGGUGCUAAUGUAAAUGGAGGGCAGUUUGAGACUAUGGUAGAUAGAGUAGUUACCCAGUUAGAGAGGUGGCACUAUGAGGGAAGUUACAGGAGAUUGAGAAUAUUUUCAGGAAUAGUGCCUGUGCCACUUGGGGAAGAAACAUAUGAAGCUUUGAAAGAAGCUGCUGUUCAACAAGCUGAAGAGUGGCAAUGUCCUGACCAAAUAAAAAGGCAGAGGGUGGUAGAGAGCUUAAGGGGACCAGCCAUGGGUAUUAUUCAGGCAGCUAGAAGAAGCAACCCGCAAGCCACACUUGAAAUUUAUUUUGAAGCUUUGGAUUAUGCAUAUGGCACGUUAGAAGAUGUGGGAGAUUUGACUUCAAGAUUCCAUCAUACAUUUCAAGAGCCAGGGGAGAAACUCAGCGUUUAUUUGAUUAGGAUAGAUAAACUCUUGUAUAAAAUAGUUGAUAAAGGGGGUAUUACUAGAGAGGAGGUGGAUGGAAGUAGGAUGAAGCAGCUCAUUAGAGGGGCAUUUACCACUGACUUUGUGGGUCAAAUGUUAAGAUGUUCAGGAAUAAGAGAGACCCCUCCCACUUUUAAUGAUCUGUUAAAAGAGGUGAAGCAGGAGGAGGCAUUAAUUGAAAUGAGAGAAAAAACUGUAAAAAAGGUAAAAGUGAUACAACCCAUGGUGGAAGUGAAUCCAUUUGAGGAAAAAAUACUCAAAAUGAUAGAGGAACAAAAUAAAAAACUAGAACAGUAA